AAUUGUUAUCGUGCAAUUGCUUCUCGCGCUUCAUUUCGGUCAGCGUUGCAACUUGCGAGUGGAUCAUGUAUGUGGUCGAGUGUGGCACCGCAUGUGGAUGGCACGUGUGAUGUACUUCAGUCUGUCGAGACAGCAUCUGAAGGGCGAGUGAGGGAGCUCUCGACAAGCCAGGAUUUCCUCACGCCAGAGCACUGCAAAAUCCAGCCACUCGUCCCCCUCACCCAACCGAAGGAGAGUGAAAGGGAAGGAGAACGAGAGAAGCCGCGAGAGGCAGGAUGGGGAACAGGAGCAGCGCUUUCACAGAGGAGGAACUGCAGGAGUAUGAGGACCUCACUUUCCUCACCAGAAAGGAGAUCCUUCUGGCUUGGAAGAGAUGGGAGGACCUAAUGGGCGCCGGGGCUGGCAACGACAAAUUCGCCCGCUAUCCGGAGGAGACUUUUCAGGAACUGCCGGAACUGAAGCACAACCCCUUCAAGGAGCGGAUCACCAAAGUCUUCUCUUCGGCUCAGGAUCACAGGAUCAGCUUCGAGGAUUUCCUGGACCUCCUGUCGGUGAUGAGUGACAAGGCCCCUCUGCAGCUCAAGGCUCACUACGCCUUCCACAUCUUCGAUUAUAACGAAGACCUUAUCUUAGACGGAGAAGAUCUGGACUGCGUCGUGGACCGUCUUACAGGAAAGGAAAACCUACUGCCUGAAGAAAAGGAGAGGCUUAUCAAGACGCUGCUGCAGGAAACGGACCUGGAUGGCGGUGGUAUUUCCGAAGAGGAAUUCAAGCACUUGUUGACCAAAUGUCCGGACUUCAUUCACUCUUUUCGGUUUUCUGUCUGAGAAGGCUAAAGAAAACGAUUGCGGACAAAAUGAGAGAAAACGAGGACUGUGAUUCAAUCUAGCACUGACUGUUUUAUUUUUCUACUAAAGAAAAAGAGUAAUAGAUCAACUAUUUUUAAUAGACUCGGACUUUAAAACAAAUGAAUAAUGCAGUUUACAUCCACACACACACACAUACACACAAACACACAUGCUCUCACUCACAUUAAUGGCUUGUAUGAUCAACUACUAGUAUUCUUCAGAGUAUACAAAAUAAACUACCUGAUUAACGCCGUUAUACCUCUAUAAUAUAAUCUGACUGUUAUAAAAAUCAUGAAAAACAUUAAUAGCUUUAAAUAUUUUAUAAACAAUGUAUAGAAUCGGGCAAGUGUUUUAAUAAAUAACUUUAGAACACAGA